GAUGCUUCUUUGAACUGUAUUUUCAAUUUGAUGCUUUUUAUUCUACCAAGAUUCAGUCUUUCUUUCCUUUCCCAAAUAGGAUUAAAAUGGAAGCUUUAAAGCCCUCAAUAAUGGCCACGAGAAGGAAAUUAAAGCAAGCGUCUUUGAUGUGGAUAGCGGGUUUUUCGGAAGCCUGCUGUCUUCACAGGGUUGUCAUUCUCUGUUGCAGGUCGACAAAGCUUUUGAUUAGAACAGGGCAGUGUUUUCUAUUGAAUGGGUUCAUAUUUUUAGGAAGUCUCUUUGUCCUAAACUCAGUUGUCAUCCCAAUACUGGAAUGGAUAUUACCUGAUCGGUGCUCGGGGAGUAGUUGUCAAGAACUUUCCUUAUUGGGUGGUAUUUUGAAAUUCUAUUCCUUCUUGCGAGGUGGACUUAUACAACUCUUUUAUAUAUUUUGGUUCUAUCCCUUGUACGUCUUCAGCUUUGUUCUCAGCAGUAUCUGGUAUAAUGACAUUGCAAAGCUUGGUUUUGAUGCGAUGAAGAAUCCCAAGCCUUCUGUAGCAGAACCCUCAAAACAAAGUGAUGCAUUGACCUUAGAAUAUAAAGGGAAGACAGAAAGGCCAACCAGUGUUGAAGGGUAGUGCUGAUUGUCGGCAAUUGUUUUUUAAAUUAACAAUUAUACUUCAUUCCAAAUGUGGAAGCUCCACUUAUUUUUCUUUUAAUUUUUCUGCAGAAUCAUGAUUGGUAUAGGGGAGCAGGUCUAUUCGGUACUUCUUUUAACAUUCUUUUUCCUUGAGGUUUAUUGCACAGGGUUUAUACCAUUUGUUGGAAUGGCACUCAAUUUCCUACUUCUUUCAUGGAUGUAUGCGUACUAUUGUUUUGAGUAUAAGUGGAACUUUUCUGAAGUAAGCCUAGACAACAGGCUGAAUUUCUUUGAAACCAACUGGGCAUUUUUCGCUGGUUUUGGAAGCCCUUGUGUUCUGGCUAUUUUCUUUGUUUCUCCUCUCGUGAGCUAUGGGAUUAUGGCCAUUCUCUUUCCUCUGUUUGUUCUCACCGCAACAGGAUCUGCAGUAGAGCAAGUAAUUACAAACCAAAAAAGGAACUGGGGAGGUGCAGAGCUGGGGAGGCUUCCAUUAUUUUUUGCUGCACAUAGUUUGUCAUUGUGGGUGUUGUCGCUUAUCCACUUGGAAUCUCAGGAGAGAACUCAAGACAAGAAGACACUAUAAACAAAGUCUAGCUCAAUCCACGCACAAUUUUCUACAGUUUUGAACCCGUGAUUUAAGCCACAAGAGUUCCAUUCAAACAGUCAUUACCUAACAUGGUGCGACAAUUAUCUUUCACAGACGGGAUCAAUGCUGAUAUCUUACAGACAAGAUUGAACAAGAAUUUCACUCGACAGGACAGUUUGAGGGAAAAACAUUAUCUGAGGAAUCAUUCUGUAUCAUGUGUACGUAAUCAAACAUCUUUAACAAAGGCUCUUCACUGGGAAACAUGCACAGCUCCUCGAUCAUUCGGUUAUAAUACAUCUUGUCUCUGUUUACAAGCUUGUAUUUAUUACUGAUGAAAGUUUGGAGUGAGGAAAGUUAUCCCAAUAGCCAAUCUAAGUUUAUUGAAAAUGUGUUUGCUAGUCCUAUGUAGGAGUCCAUCAUUCUGAAACCAUAUCGUUUCAGUGUACACUUUUCAAAAACUACUUGAUUUAGUAGACUGAAUGGUAUAUAUCGAGAAGACCCUAGUUUGGGGAUAUGUAUUUAUUUAACUAUGUAUAUUUUUGUUAGCAAUGUGUUUGUGUAGAGAUCUUUUUCAGAAGCCAUAAAUAUAUAAUGAAAAAUGAUUAACUGA